CGCAUACAGAUCGUGUUCCGCACCGUCGGACCUAUGUAUCCAGGAUCGCCACGAUGGCCGGCGCCGCAAUGUAAUCGUCCUGCUGGUUGCCCCGUCGACCUGGCCACAGCACGAUCUACUCCCCGAUCGCUGGGGAGGAGCCAUCGCGGGAUUGAGAAGUUAACCCAUAUAUUCCCAGUCUUUUAGCACACCAUCAAACAGCCGCAUAUGCAAGACCGCGAACUGCUAGGGCUUCAACUCUGGUUUCUCUUUGAACCCAGUACGAGGACGGGCGUUGGCUAUGCUGACAGCGCCGCAUGCACCGCGUGUAUAUGAGGAGGCAGUGCCUAGAGAUUAGGCCGAGGAGGUCCUGAGUCUUCGGCGUCGCGGUAGGCAGCUUUCGUUCGUCCGCGCAUAACCGCAGAGCUCGCGUUCGAUUAUCGGGUCUCGGCUGCUGCGGGGCUUCUCUGCACCGGUCUCUCCAGCCGGCUUGCGUACCGACCGUGGAGGCGCGUCGUCCCUUCUGCCGGUGAGAGCUAUAACGGGAGGGUAGCCUUCCCGCCCGGGAUGCCUCCCUAUCAUUCCCACUCACGUCAGGUUCGAAGGUCGGAGCGCCGUAGAAGUGAAUGCACGCCCCUGUCAUGCAGGAACUUUGAUGAAUAGAAGUGGCAAGGCGCUGCAACGCCAUCUUUAUAGUCAUAGAAAGAGUCAUUGACCACUGUUCCGACGACGUUAGAACCCUGAAAAGUUUUUCUCUUACGUGCCACCAACUCACUCCUCGUAGUGUCUCUACCUUGUUCGCUCAUGUCGGCCUCCGAGUCGAGAGUAGGGACCAAGUAUUGAAGCUAUGCGACUUCCUACAGGGCAAGCCUCGUCUCCGGUCCCUCGUCCGGUCCAUAACUGUAUCCCCAGCCCAUUUCGCGGCCUCUCUGCUCUAUCUUCUCCCUAAUCUCUCCGACGUCGCGAUCAUUUCUCGCGAGUCAACUCUCCGCCGCAGCGGAUCCAAUCAGGCAACAAACGAGCGGGAAGGAUACACUCCAGUAAUCCUGCACUCGUCCAGUCUGAAUUGCUACCACCGCCUUGGGACGCACAUCCGGCACCUCCGACUCUUUCAUCUGGCCUUCCCGACAUAUCUCGCCUUCUCUCGAGUGCUCGUGGCGUUCGUCAACAUCAGAGAGCUCAUCUGUGGCCACAUUGCCGUCCGAAGUAAUGUUACAACUGCCCCUCUGGAUCUGGUCAACGAACGUCUGCGUGGACGGCUACAGUUGAGGUCACUUACUAUGGAUUCAGGUGUAGACGACGCUAUUGUUGCUUUUCUGUCCGAGUUGACCCAAACCCUUGUGGGUGACCUAGUGCUGGCGAUGGAACCCGCACAACUGGAGUCGUUCUCCCGGCCAUGGGACUGGACACGGCUGCAGUCUCUGACGCUGAAGUUCACGUUUGAGACAGAAGCUGUGCAGGGAAUCAGCGCAUUCCUCAAGGGCUUUCAUCCUCCUAACUUGCAGGAGGUCACGGGACAUCUGUGUUCUGUCGAGGGCGGACUGAGAGAAAUCAAGAGAUUUCAGAAAGACAGGUCCAAGCUAGACGCUUGCAUGGAGUUGGAAAAUACUUUACUCCGUUUCCCCCAGCCACGAUUACUGGUUUCCUUCGCAUCGCAUCGCUAUUGCAGGAAACAACUCUGGACUCGAGAGCUCGAAGAUCGAUUCCCUAUAUUGCACAAUCGGAAUGCGCUCGUCGUCGACUCGGGCCCUUCCAUCGCUGUUGGCCACGAGAAGGCUGUCACGUCGUUUGUCUACUCCGCAGACAGCACAUGUAUUGCGACCGGAUCUCUGGACUCUACCAUCAUCAUCUGGAGUUUCGAAGGACUAGUCCUGCAGGAAUGGGCGGCACACACCGGAUCUGUCCUGUCGCUCGCCUUCUCCCCUAACAGUCGAUAUCUUGCGUCCGUCGGCAGUAACAGCUUGAAUUUUGUAGUCUGGGAUCUCGGCCGAGGCGCACACAAGCUCGCCACAGUCGAAGGACACGCCGAGAGCAUCGAGUGUUGCGUCUGGUCUCCCGACGGCACCACGAUUGCAUCCGGAUCCUGGGACGCGACCGUGCGCCUUUGGGAUGCGGGGACAUUCCAACUGCGCCAUUCGCUGAAGCUGCAUUCCGCAGAGCGCAUCUGGGACAUCCGCUUCUCUCCCGAUGGACGUUGGCUCGCCUCUCGGGGCGGACAAGGCAGCUAUACCUGGAACGUUGCAUCAGGUGCGAUGCGCAAGACCCUCCAGGAACGUGCGGAAGGGCGACUCGCAGCAGGUGUGUUCAAUCCCGAGAGCACACGCCUUGCCGAAGUGUCUCGCAGCGGCGCCGUCCAUAUCUGGGAUGUGCAGACGGGACGGCGGCUCUUUGCCUUCAAGGAGCACACAGAUGCGGUGGUCGACGCGACGUUCUCUCCGGACGGGCGGCUGGUGCUGUCCGCGUCAAAGGACAAGACUUUGAGACUCUGGGACGUGACCGGAGGCGUCAUGAUCCUAUCACUCAAGGGGCACACCGGUCGGGUCACAGCAGCGUGCUUCUCUCCAUGUGGGGAGUACGUCGCGUCAGCAUCUCUUGACAAGACGGUACGGCUUUGGAGGACGGGUAAUGGAUCGUGUGUGGCGACGUUCUCCGAGCACGAAAGUGGGGUCACGCAUAUAGCUUUCGCCCUGAAUGGUAGAACACUGUCGUCUGGAGAUAGUGAUGGAACAGUCUUUAUCAGACGUAUGAGCGAUGUACUUCGAGACGAGUAA